UGCCUGUUGGUGAAUAAAGACAGAAAAUAAAACAGAUAAAGGGAACCUCCAUGUUUAAUAUGUGUUAGUAUGAGUUAGUCAAACAAAUAAACAAAACAUUUCAGCUACACCGAUUACAGAAAGGAAGUGUAAAACUAAAACUGAAGUACGUCAAGGUAUCAGGAUAUUUAACCUGAUUUUCCUGUUAGUUUCUUGAACACGGAGGUCUAUAUUCGCAACAAUAUGGACAAAAUUCUACUCUUUUUUGUGCUUUUACUACCAGCAGCUGCUUCAAAGGGUUCUCACUCUUUACAGUUGCAUGCAACUUACAUGAAAGGGCAGUCACCCUUUCCUGAAUAUAGUAUCACAUUUAUUUUGGAUGACAUCAUGAUUGGAUAUUAUGAUUCAGAGACAAACCUCUAUAUUCUGAGGGGAAAUACAACAGAAGAAAAUGAUUCUUUUAAUGAAAAUUAUCACAAGGAUAUAAGUGUAUAUAUGUACAAUAUUUUAGACUAUAGACUGAAGUUACAAUUUCAUAAUCGUACAAACAAUCUUGAGGUUCAUCAGACACUGGUUCAUUGUGAGCUCUUGGACAACAUGAAGUCAGGACAAAUCACAGCUAAAGGUGCUACUGGAGGAUCCACUGUAGUUGAGCUGCAUUUUCUUAAUAAGAAGAAAACUUUCAGUUCUACAUUCAAUACAGAGAGGGUCAAACCAUUUGUAAAAUUUCUCCAAGAUCAUUAUGAACAAAUAUACUACUCACUUUGCAUGAAAACUCUGGAGGCUAACCUUAAAAUGAGAAGAAAUCAAGUCAAUAGAAAAGUGAAACCGCGAGUCAGACUCAUCAUGAAAGCAAACUCAGAUUCUGGAGGGUUUCGUGUGAGUUGUUUGGCGACAGGAUUUUACCCUCGUCACAUCAACCUGACCCUGUUCAGAGAUGGACAGCCUGUAUCUGAUCAUGAGAUCACUGGAGGAGAUCUGCUGCCCAAUGGUGACGGGACGUACCAGAUGAGGAAGAGUCUGGAGAUCAGUGCAGACAAACACAAAUACACCUGCUCUGCCACACACCUCAGUCUGGACAACAAACUGGAUGUUGAUUUAGAGUAUCCAGGGGAAACAUUUGAGUCAGUUCCUUCUUCAGUGCUUGUGGUUUGGAUCCUGGGGUUGGUGUUAUUGGCUGCUGUUAUAUGUAUCAUUAUAUGGAGGAAAAGAUGGCAUUCAGCUUCCUCUAAAAGCGACUACUCCUCUGCUUCUACAACAGCAGAUUCAUAAGGUUUAUAGGUAAAAUAACGUGAUUAGCUUAAGAAAGAUAAAACAUCCUGGUGUGUGUGCUUUUUUUUUUUCUUUUUGUGAGAAGUUUGUAAGAAUUUAUUUUACACCAUGAAUAUGUACACUUGUAAUCUAUCUCUAAUCUUGUAUCUUUGUAGUUACUGAAAUGUUGUUAAAAUGUAACAUUUAUUAUGUAAUGUGUAGAAUACUAUUUUAAAGUUUAUAAUGUGCAAUACCGCUACACAAUAAUGUUUGUUUAAAACACACAAUAAAUGUUUAGAUUGUCUUUUACCACA